CUUGCUUUGUCGUCUCUUAAAGUCUGGGCGGGCGCAUUUACUUCCUCAUUUUGGCAGUUCGAUAAUUGAAUGAAUUUUAAUGCCUUCUUUUCCUGUCACGUGACUUCCACACCACCCUCUCCUCUCCUCUCCUCUCCUCUACCACUCUCUGUCAUUGCCAUAUUAUUUCAUAAACUCUUACCCACCACCGGGGCAACGAUUUCUAUCUCUCUCUUAGUCGUCGUCAUGUCAACGCCACCGCCUCCUCCUCCUCCUCCUCCUCCUCCUCCUCCUCCUUAUCUCAGUGUUAUUGGGGCUGAUAUUGUUAACACCAACGAUGGAAUUGGAAACGGUCGUCACUCUCAUUCUUUGGAUAAAUUCAAACCGAGUAUUAUCAUUAUCAUUUUAAUUCUAACCAUUACUUUUCUUCUUUCUAUCUCUCUUUGUCUCCUUCUUCGUCAUCUCAACCGUCGCUGCCUCCGCCAUCUCUCCACCGUCACUACUGUCUCUACUACCAAUACUGACUCACGCCGUGUCUCCAGUCGCCGCGUUUCACCGGAGAAUGUUUCUACAUUAUCUAUACUUGAGUCUCUUCCGCUUUUCACCUUCGCCUCCGUCACUCGCCGUUCCUCUUCUGGCGGAGAUUGUGCUGUCUGUUUGUCAAAAUUUGAACCACAGGAUCAGCUCCGUUUACUUCCUCUUUGUUGCCAUGCGUUUCAUGUUCUAUGCAUUGACACGUGGCUUCAGUCUAACCAAACUUGUCCUCUAUGCCGAUCGCCGAUUAACGCUUCUGAAUCUGAUGUUUUGAAAGCAAUACAAACUUCUUCUGCAGCCGUUGGAGCUAAUGAUAGCUUCCGUCUUGAGAUCGGCUCAAUCAGCCGCCGCCAAGCCGUUCCAGAAUCAGUCGAACCGCAACCAAGAUCAUACUCUCUCGGUUCAUUUGAUUACAUUGUUGAGGGAGAUUCCGAUAUUACAAUGAACCAAACAUAUCGGAGAAGUGUUUCCGAAAAAGAGGACAUUGUAGCAGACUCCGUUACACCUGCUUCGGAAGCCAACCUAGCUUCCGAAGUAGCCAUGGGAAGAAGCUGGCUCAAGGACUAUGUUGAUAGGCUAUCUUUAUCUCUUUCAUCACGAACCAUUUCGUUCAGGAGCUCUGGAAGGUUCUUCACCGGAAGCAGUCGUCGGACGGAUGUGGCCGGUGUUGGAGAUUAUGACGUGGAGGCGAAUCGUGUUGGCGAAGAAAUUAGCGAACUAUUUCGUUGGUUCUCAGGGGUAUGAACGUAACUACGCGUCUUAUUAAGGUGCAUUUGCUAAUUUUGCCUUCUCCGUGUUUUUUAGUUUUGGUUUAUCCACUCAGUUGCAUUUACACAUGACAUGAAUGAAUGGUGUGGAUAGAGCAAAAUUGGAAGCAAAUACAGCAAACAAAAGGGUACCAUUUAUUUCAGUUUUAUCUUCUUGUAUAGAUAGAAUGGUUAUGGAUUGCGAAGUUUUGGAAUUGUUACUUUUGAUUUAAAUCUUUAGAGAUGAGAAUGAGAUGAUAAAGGGUGCUUCUCUGUCCAUCUAAAUUACUUAGAAAUAUGAUUUUAGCAGAACAUAUAGGGUAUCAAUAAAAUUAUGUGUAUAAUUUUACGUAUAAAUAAUGAUAUAUCGUCAUAUAAUUAUAUAUUA